AGUUUAUAGUUAUAAAAAUAAGCUCCUAAAGUUACAUUUAAAAAUUCGCAUUUUUUAAACAAGUUUUGAGCCAUUUUAGUGAAGCGCGUCUGUAGCGCCAUCGAGCGCGUCGAGCGAUUCGGAACGAUUCGAAGUACCUGAGCUCGAUCUCGUUUUUUAUACUUUACAAAAGACUAGGUCGACGACUAACAGCUUCGGUUUUAUACAUAUAGAUGAUGAUAAGUCUCCGAAAAUAACCUCUUCCUUUUUGGAACCGUACGUUACGCAGGUAGCAUUAGAAUAGUUGUUUAUACGACGCCGUUUAGACCGCGGUUUAGAUUGCCAUAUAUCGACAGUAUUUCCCGCUUAUUUUAUCAUGGAAAGCAAGAAAGUUGUGUUCUCUGAUAAGAAAGGUGCCAAAAGUAGUACCACCCGAACGAAAAACAGAAUUUCUAAAAGACGAGCCAUUGAUAAUUUAGAAGAGUACACACAUAAAGAGCCUCUUAAUAAAGAAGUUUUCAAUGCCAUAAUACCUAUUUACGAAGAUUUAAGCAAUGACGACCUUUUAUACCGUUGCUUAGAAGGCUUUAUACAAAAUAAUAACGAAAGCUUCAAUGCUGUUGUAUGGUCAAUAGCACCAAAAACAUUUUCAAGCGGUAAAACAAUUCUUGAUAUAGCGACAGAUAUUGCUGUUUGCAAAUUCAAUGAUGGAUUUACGAGUAUUAUGGAGAUUAUGCAAGUUUUAAACCUGACUAUUGGCCAUAAUUUGUAUACUUUCUGCAUCGAAGCGGACGCCCGACGCGUGAAGGCUGCUGAGCGCGCAAUGUCAUCUCACGCUAAAGACGCUCGAAAAUUAUCCAAAACGAGCAGAAAAGAAAAAGAUGAGGUAAACUUCAACGUAGAAGGACAACUGUAUGGCGCAGGCAUUGCAGAGUAAAGAUAAAUUUGAUUUUGUCUACUAAACACACGAAAUAUCGCAAAGUAAAACUUUAAACGCGUUUUUCUCGAAACCACAUUUUCAAAGUUGGCGUUGCGCGAAUCUCAGAAACUGUUCAUCCAAUUAACUUGAAAUUUACACAGAAUCUUCUAAUUUGUAUAAUCUACAGAAGUACAUACGGAUUUUGCGAUAUGUUAAACAUUUUUAUUUUUUUUUAACAUUUUCUGACGAAAUUUUUAAGCCGAAAAUGACACUUUUUUUUCAAAUGUUCGCCAUUUUUAUAAAAAUCAAUAUUUCGAAAUAUCCAUAUGUAC